AUGGAGCUGCGGUCGGAGCUGCCCAGCGUGCCCGCCGCGCCGCCGGCGGUGCCCCCCAGCUCGGUGGCGGCGGCAGCGGCGGCAGCGGCGGCCACGCUGCCGGUGAGCGUCGCCGGGAGCUUGCUGCGGGCGCCGCCGCUGCUGCUGCGGGCGGCCGAGAAGUACCCGCGGACGCCCAAGUGCGCCCGUUGCCGCAACCACGGAGUGGUGUCGGCGCUGAAGGGCCACAAGCGGUACUGCCGCUGGAAGGACUGCAUGUGCGCCAAGUGCACCCUCAUCGCCGAGCGCCAGCGCGUCAUGGCGGCCCAGGUGGCGCUGCGCCGCCAGCAGGCGCAGGAGGAGAACGAGGCCCGCGAGCUGCAGCUGCUCUACGGCACCGCCGAGGGGUUGGCCCUGGCGGCCGCCAACGGCAUCAUCCCGCCCCGGCCCGCGUACGAGGUCUUCGGCUCCGUCUGCGCCGGGGGCGGCGGCGAGGGAGGCGCCGGCGCCUCAGCCGGGGGAGGCGGCGGGGGUGGGGGGCGCGGACCUGCGGAGUCCAAGAUGCAGAAGUUCGAGCUGUUCCCCAAGACGCUGCUGCCGAGCCGCGCCGUCACCCCGCAGCAGGCGGGCGGGAAGCCCCUCUCCCCGGACGGCGAGUCCGUGCCCGGCACCUCCUCCCCAGAAGCUCGCCACGGCUCGGGCUCGGAGAACGGGGACGGCGAGUCCUUCCUGAGCUCGCCCGUCUCCAAGGGCCCGAAGGAGGGGGAGGAGAGCCCGGGCUCCAUCAGCCCGCUGGGCUCGGACUCGGGCUCGGAGGCCGACAAGGACGAGCAGGACCCGUCGCCCUCGGCCGGCGGCCGGCAGCGGACUCCCAUCGACAUCCUGACGCGCGUCUUCCCGGCGCACAAGCGCAGCGUGCUGGAGCUGGUGCUGCAGGGCUGCGGCGGGGACGUGGUACAGGCCAUCGAGCAGAUCCUCAACAACCGCGGCCCGGAGAAGGGCCCCGAGGAGGGCUGGGCUCGGGACGGCGCCUUGCAAGGCCUUCCGCCCACCCCCGCCGCCGCCGCCGCCCACCACCGGCCCUUGAUAGCCGGCGCCAUGGCCCCCGCCAUCGGCACGCUGGGCAGCCGCUCCGCCUUCUCCCCCCUGCAGCCCAACGCCACGCACUUCGGGGCCGAGGCCGGCGCCUACCCGCUGGGCACCCACCUGGGACUCAACCCCCUGCGCCUCGCCUACUCGGCGCACAGCCGGGGACUGGCCUUCAUGACCCCCUACUCCACGGCCGGGCUGAUGCCCACCCUCGGGUUCCGGCCGCCCGUGGACUACGCCUUCAGCGACCUCAUGCGGGACCGCUCCGCCGUGCACAAGGAGCAGGUCUACUCCGGCGGGCUCUACGGGCCCAUGGUCAACAACACCCCCGAGAAGCAAUAG